AUGGCUCGUGACUUACAAAAUCAUCUACUGUUCGAAGUAGCAACAGAAGUAGCCAACAGGGUUGGUGGUAUUUACUCUGUCUUGAAGUCCAAGGCUCCAGUUACUGUGGCACAAUACGGAGACAACUAUACGCUGCUUGGGCCUUUGAACAAGGCAACGUAUGAAAGUGAGGUUGAAAAACUAGAUUGGGAGGAUGAAAGCAUCUUCCCUGAAGACCUGUUGCCAGUCCAAAAGACUUUGAUGUCAAUGCGGGAAAAGGGUGUGAACUUCGUCUAUGGCAAUUGGUUGAUUGAGGGGGCACCACGUGUCAUUUUAUUUGAACUGGAUUCUGUAAGGCACUUUUUGAAUGAAUGGAAGGCUGACCUAUGGUCUCUCGUUGGGAUUCCAUCACCGGAGCAUGAUCGCGAAACAAACGAUGCUAUAUUGUUGGGUUAUGUUGUUGUGUGGUUCUUGGGAGAACUUUCAAAACUGGACAGUAGUCAUGCCAUCAUUGGUCAUUUCCAUGAAUGGCUGGCUGGUGUAGCCCUACCAUUGUGUAGAAAGAAAAGAAUUGAUAUUGUGACGAUUUUCACCACCCACGCUACUUUAUUGGGUAGAUACUUGUGUGCCGCUGGUGAUGUUGAUUUUUACAACAAUUUACAGUACUUCGAUGUAGACCAAGAAGCUGGUAAGAGAGGUAUAUAUCAUAGGUACUGCAUUGAACGCGCUGCGGCUCAUACUGCGGAUGUUUUUACCACUGUGUCGCAAAUCACCGCAUUGGAAGCGGAGCAUUUAUUGAAGAGAAAACCUGACGGCAUCUUGCCCAAUGGAUUGAACGUUGUCAAGUUCCAAGCCGUUCAUGAAUUCCAAAAUCUGCAUGCUCUGAAAAAAGACAAAAUUAAUGAUUUCGUUAGAGGCCAUUUCCAUGGCUGUUUUGACUUCGAUCUAGACAACACCGUUUAUUUCUUUAUCGCUGGUAGAUAUGAAUACAAAAACAAAGGUGCUGACAUGUUCAUUGAAUCAUUGGCUCGUCUCAAUUACAGAUUGAAAGUUUCUGGAUCCAAAAAGACUGUGGUAGCGUUUUUGAUCAUGCCCGCCAAAACCAAUUCUUUCACUGUGGAGGCAUUAAAGAGUCAAGCCAUUGUAAAGUCCUUAGAAAACACGGUUGAUGAAGUCACCGCCUCCAUUGGAAAAAGAAUUUUCGAGCACACAAUGAGAUACCCUCACAAUGGCCUAGAAUCAGAGUUGCCCACUAAUUUGGAUGAAUUGUUGAAAAGUUCUGAGAAGGUUUUGUUGAAGAAAAGGGUCUUGGCACUAAGAAGACCUUAUGGAGAAUUGCCUCCAGUAGUCACACAUAAUAUGUGUGAUGAUGCUAACGAUCCAAUUUUAAACCAAAUUAGGCAUGUUAGGUUAUUCAAUGAUUCGAGUGAUCGUGUAAAAGUGAUUUUCCAUCCUGAAUUCUUAAACGCCAAUAACCCUAUUCUUGGUUUAGACUAUGACGAGUUUGUUCGUGGUUGUCAUUUGGGUGUUUUCCCAUCCUAUUACGAACCAUGGGGAUACACACCAGCGGAAUGUACCGUCAUGGGUGUUCCAUCAAUCACAACAAAUGUUUCCGGGUUUGGUGCCUAUAUGGAAGACCUGAUUGAAACUGAUCAAGCUAAAGACUAUGGUAUCUAUAUUGUAGACCGUCGUUUCAAGAGCCCUGAUGAAUCUGUGGAGCAAUUAGCGGACUACAUGGAAGAGUUUGUGAACAAAACCAGAAGACAAAGAAUUAAUCAAAGAAACAGAACCGAGAGAUUAUCUGACUUGUUAGACUGGAAAAGAAUGGGGUUGGAGUACGUUAAGGCUAGACAGUUAGGUCUUCGUAGAGCCUAUCCAGAGCAGUUUAAAGAAUUGGUAGGUGAAACAAUUAGUGACGCCAAUAUGAAUACCCUUGCAGGUGGCAAGAAAUUCAAGAUUGCCAGACCUCUAAGUGUACCUGGAUCUCCUAAGGUGAGAUCCAAUAGUACCGUUUACAUGACCCCAGGCGAUUUAGGUACGCUUCAAGAUGCUAAUAAUGCAGACGAUUAUUUUAACUUGAGCACAAAUGGAGGCAUCGACAAUGAUGAUGACGACAACGAUACGUCUGCAUACUACGAGGAUAAUUAA